UUAUUUUUAUCUGAGGGUGCUACUCCUGAGAACGUCACACUUCAUGGUUUCUAUUGCAGCGGCUCAAAAAUACUUCAAAUACUCCAGUUUGCUAACUUCUUUCUACUUCAGUCGUGAAAUCCAUGUUUCUCACCGCAACUGCAACAUUUAAAUGUCAACGUGUACAUUUUGAAAAAAGAUACACAAGUCGUGUGCCAAAACUAUCCACAAACAGCGAAGUGCAAAACUCUAACAACAAACUUAAAUUAAUCCAAGUCGCGUGGAAUGCGGACGACAAAAAAAUCAGCAAAGUUUUAUGAAUAAUGCAUUGUGGCAAGUAAUUUACCCCAGUACAGCACUACAUGCAAAACAGCGCCAGGAUUCAAGAAGUUAAUUAACACGUAUUCCAAAAAGCCCUUGCUUUGAUUUAUAUUGCGCAGUUGUCUCAUAAAAUCGAACAGUCACAGCCAUGGUAGCUAACGCCUUGACAGAGAAAUGGAUCUCACCUCUGACAGCUAGAUUCAUUGUUGCCUGACUAGCCAAUCAUUGAAUUUUGACGACACAAUAGAGUAACCAGAGUGGGGGUAUAAAAAGCCCAGUUGAAAUAUAUGACACCUAUCGGUGUGGUGGAUGGUUCAAAGUAUAGAAAACUCUUCACUGCUUUGAAAUAAGAGGAAAUAAAUACAAAACAUUAAGAAAGAUACGCACCAAACACUGGGAACAUGCAACAUUCACAGAUCCUUAUUUACCUGGGUCUCUUGGUCGCUUUUGGUUCAGUGGGUUUGGGUAAUAUUACAGCGCAACAGCCUUCUGACACAGUGGAAGACGGUGAGCAGUGCUCUGCUUGUGAUUUCAGGCGGCAGAGCAAACUUAUGAGACUGCACUCCAUUAAGUUCCAAAUUCUCAGCAAACUUCGCCUCAAGCAACCUCCAAACAUCAGCAGAAAUGUUGUGGAGCAGCUGCUGCCCAAAGCUCCUCCAAUACGGGAGUUGCUUGACCAAUAUGAUGUCCUAGGGGAUGAUAAUAAGGACGCGUCUCUAGAGGAGGACGAUGACCAUGCCAUCACAGAAACAAUCAUGACCAUGGCUACAGAGCCUGACUCCACUGUCCAGGUGGACAGGAAGCCAAAAUGCUGCUUGUUCUCAUUCAGCCCAAAGAUUCAACCAAACCGCAUCGUCCGAGCUCAGCUCUGGAUACACCUCCGACCAGCUGAUGAACCUACCACAGUGUUUCUGCAGAUUUCCAGAUUAAAACCAGCAACGGAUGGAAACAGACACAUAAGAAUCCGAUCUCUCAAAUUGGAUAUAAAUGCAGGAAACCCCUCUUGGCAUAGUGUAGACGUUAAACAAGUGUUGCAAGUCUGGCUUAAGCAUCCAGAAACUAACUGGGGGAUCGAGAUAAACGCAUUUGAUUCCUCAGGAAAAGACUUGGCGGUUACCUCACCAGAAGCAGGAGAAGAGGGACUGCCCUUUAUGGAAGUGAAGAUUUCCGACACUCCCAAGAGGCUGAGGAGAGACUCUGGCCUAGACUGUGAUGAGAAUUCACCUGAGUCCCGAUGUUGUCGGUAUCCCCUCACUGUGGACUUUGAGGACUUUGGCUGGGACUGGAUUAUUGCCCCCAAACGGUACAAGGCCAAUUACUGUUCUGGAGAAUGUGAGUAUAUGCAUUUGCAGAAGUACCCCCACACUCACCUGGCUAUUAAAGCAAACCCCAGAGGUACAGCCGGGCCCUGCUGCACCCCUGCCAAGAUGUCCCCCAUCAACAUGCUCUAUUUCAAUGGGAAGGAACAGAUCAUUUACGGCAAGAUCCCCUCCAUGGUGGUAGAUCGCUGUGGGUGCUCAUGAGCCCGCUGGCGAAGCCUGUUGCAUCUUGAGGCUGGACUUGAGAAUUAAGAGAUUUCAUCUAUCAGUGAUUCCCGCAUUUCCAAAAUACUGUGCAAUAGAACCAGAAUAGCAACAGAUGCUCCCUGAUUGUUGAGCAAGUCAUUGAAAACGAUGGAGGAAGUCAAAUGUGCGCGGCUGUGGGAAGUUUGAUCUUCGGACUAGAUGGGAGGAAGCAGCAGUCAAGAUCAUGGCAUCUCCUUACGAACCUUUUUCCUCACUGUCUCGCUUUUCAACAUAAGCUUCAAAAACCUAUGUUAAACUAUCAGUACACAUCAUAUACUGUAUGUAGAUUUCUGAAUGGAACUGAGAAGCCUACAAGUCAGUUAAAAAAGGCUUAAUGUUGGAGUUGUAGAUGAAUACGUGCGGGGUCUGAGUCUUUUGUAAAAAUGCAUCAGUAAGGGCUUCAGUUUAUGUUAUUUACAUAAGAGGCAUCAUAGUUCAGUAAAUUAUAGCAUUUCUAUUACAUUGCCACCUGAACUGCCCUGCACACUUGAAUUAUUGUUAAUCACCAUUACUGGAAAGAUGGACUUGAAUGGGAAGUACUAAGAAUGCAGCCUUCACAUGUAAAUGUAUGAAAGGCAGAGAAAUACAAAACUGAUGAAUGUUAAAACCGUGCUCAAACUUUUGUCUUUCAAACAAUACAGUUUGCACUAUGGCAAGCCAAUAGAAAGAAAUGGUUGCUACAAAAAGUUGUAAAAACUGAUUUUGAUAUGUUUGCUCAUUUGUAUUAUGUACAUGGCAUUGUUUCCAUAAGUAUUUUCGUAUUUUUUUUACCCAUUGUUGGUAAAUGUAUAAUAAGACCACAAAGUAGAGAAAAGUGUACAAUAACAAAUCUAUAUAUGUUAUACAAAUAAAGGU